AUGUCUGAUAAGAAAAAGCCUAAAAUCAAGAGUUUUAAGUCCAUCGCCAAAGUAGCUUCUGUAGAAGAAGCAGAAGAAUUGCUUGAAAAAAUAUCGAAAGCGAUCAAUCAGAUCUAUAACUUUGAGACUUCCACAUUAAGAUACCAAGAGUAUUACUCAUACUGCUAUACGCUGACCAUGAGCAAAAAGGAAAAAAUCCUAUAUAACUCGUUAAAAUCAAUCAUAGAAGAAAAAACCAAAAUUAUCACUGAGCAGCUCAAAGGCGUUCAAAGGGAAAAUUUGUUGGUGAAGUUUAGAGAUCUUUGGGAUACCCAUAAAACUUGUACAGGAUACGUGAAAAAUUUAAUGAGCUAUUUGGAGACGGGGUAUAUACAGCAAAAUAGACUGACGCCGAUUUAUGAUUUAGGGCUUAUUACUUUUAAAGAAUUAGUUUUUAAAGACGAAACAUUAUGUCCGAAAUUAAAUAAUUUGCUGAUGGAAAUGAUAAAUAAAUAAAUUAACGAUAUGUAUUUAAGGUCCCUACUUCCAUGCGUGACAUUCCUCGCGCUCCGUGAGGAGCCGUGCUGGCACGAGCGAAAAGGAUGGACUUCCACCACUGGUUCUCUGAGCCCAGGCCGAAACCCCUGGUUUCUCGGUAGUGGGUUGCCCUAUUUGGGUCGUCAGCCGACCGUCGCCGGGCGCCACCAUUUCCAACUCAGCCUUCCGCCCCGAGUUACGCCAGUCUUUGUCUCCGGUUGGCCAGGUCGUCCUUCUUUUAAGGAACCUUUUAACUGGAGAGACCGCCUUGUUGUCUAAUCUGCCUCCCUUUUUCCCAGCUUAUCCGCUUGAGAAAAACUCAAUCGCUUCCGCGAUUCGGGGCAGAUCACAGUAGCAGCUUGAGCAGGUAAGUCGCCCUGCUCCAUCUCGGGCACCCACUGGCUUGGGCGCUGCUGGAAAAAGAAGAUGCUCCUAACUGCCCUGGGAUCUGGACAAGAUCAGCGGGUCUAUGUGCUUCCCUGGUCGCCACCAGGGUCCAGAUACUGCUGGGCUAAGUCGCUUCUCCUGAAAACCAUGCCCGGAUAUACAUGGGUUACCGUCACUGGGAGGACGGGUCGGACGUCAUACGCCAUUUUAUGUAUAUGCUGAUGGAAAUGAUAAAUAAGGAUAGGAAUGGAGAAGUCAUAGAAAAAGAUGUGAUAAAAUCUAUAUCAAAUAUGCUAAUUGAAGUUGGCUUAAAUUCUAGACAAAUGUAUAAAGAAAUUUUAGAAGAUUCGUUUUUGAUGCAAACUGAUAUAUUUUAUAAUAAUGAAGCAAAGCUUUUGAUUGAUGAAAUACAGGUGCCAGAAUUUUUGAAAAAAGCUGAAGAGAGGCUGGAAGAAGAAAAACGAAGAGUUUUUGCAUAUUUAGAUAUUUCUUCAAUGGAGCCAUUAUUGAGGCUUGUAGAUAAGAAUUUUAUUGAAAUAAAUGCUAAAGCAUUAGUGAAUUCUGAUUCUGGGCUAGCUAAAAUGAUCAAUAAUACAAGUAUUAAUGACAUUUGUAGGAUGUAUAGGCUUUAUCAAAGGACACAUGAUUUACAAAAAGAAAUUCAUGCCUGUUUAGAACGCUAUAUUUUAGAAAAAUGUGAAGAAAUUGUUAAAAACCAAGAAUCUAUUAAAAAUCCAAUAAAGCUUAUAAGCGAUAUUAUUGAGUUGCGCGAAAAAAUUAUUUUAAUUCAUACAAGUGCUUUUAAGCGAGAUAUUAUGGCUGAAGUCUCAAUCCGCCGUAGCUUUGAAAAUGUCUUCAAUAAAUAUCCAAGAAUUGUUUUGGCACUUGUGCUUUACAUUGACUAUUUGUUUCAAAAAGAAAUAAAAGGAAUUAGUGACGAAGAAAUCGAUCUGAAGUUGAAUAAGAUUAUAGCCCUUUUUAAGUAUAUUUCAGAUAAAGAUGUUUUCGAAAGCUACUAUAAAAACUAUUUAGCUAAAAGGCUUUUAUCUGAUAAAAGUCUUAAUGAUGAGGCUGAAAAAUCAUUUGUGAGACUGAUGAAAACUGAGUGUGGAUCUCAGUAUACAUCAAGAAUAGAAGGAAUGAUUAACGAUAUGGGAGUGGCUAAGCAAGAUAGCAAUCAUUUCCAAAAUACAGCUCAGUUUGACUUCGAAGUUAGAGUACUGACUCAAACUUACUGGCCCCAAGACGAUUUGCAACCUAUUUUGCUGCCAGUUCAGCUUGCUCAGAUUUCUGAAAAAUUUACAAACUUCUACAUGACUCAGCAUUCAGGCCGCCGCUUAAAUUGGAAACAUUCCUAUGGAAACUGCAUAUUAAAAGCCAAUAUAGGAUGCGAAGGAAAACAGUACGAGCUUUUAGUUUCUACUUAUCUUAACCUUAGUAAUUAGUUAUAAUUCUUAAACCUUUAACAUCCACUACCACAUCACCUGAACGGGCUUUCACUCUUGCUUACUAACCCCACCCACCUUACGUCGUGCAUCACCUGGUCUUGAUCUAAAUGGCUCCUCGGCUUCUGGUGUUUGGGUUUCGAUGGCUGUCCUACAGCUCUCGGAAGACACCAGCUUGCGUCAGUCAGGCACGCUAAAGAUCUAAGUCUCAAUCGUCUGGGUUUGUGGCACACUUCCAGAAAAUUCCAUUUCCCUAAGGAUGGGUGUCCGAGGCUGCGCAUCCUUGGGCAUAAUAUACAAUCGUUGCCAGGAUCGGUUUACUGGAUGAAGCCAAGUCUUAUAAUCAAAAUUGGCCAAAAGAGGAGUUUCUGUAGAGGAGAACAGAAAAUUCGAUCGAAAUCAUAUUUUGAUGAUUAGUUUCUACUUACCAAGCCUGUGUUUUGCUGCUUUAUAAUGAAACUGACAAUUAUCCUUUAACUUCCAUCAUUUCUUCUUUAAGAGGCUUUAAAGACGAGCUCGUAAAGCACAUCCUUGGCCUAGUCAAAGCAAAAAUCCUCACAAAGCCAGCAAGAGGUAAAGAUCUUCCUGACGACUCAGUGUUAACCCUAAACACAAAAUUCACAAAUAAAUUAAAAAGAAUCCAAGUCACAAUAAUUUCAUCAAAAGAAAAAGAAAAAAAUUCACAAUCCCAAACCAUGGUGGAUGAAGAAAGAAAGCACGUGAUUGAGUCUGCCAUUAUAAGAGUCAUGAAAUCAAGAAGGGAACUUGAGCAUCCCAAUUUAAUUGUAGAGGUAUGCAAAUUGGUAAGCCACAGAUUUACGCCUGAUAUUAAGACCGUGAAGAAAAGAAUUGAAAGUUUGAUAGAGAGAGAUUAUUUAGAAAGAGAUGAAAGAAAUAUUAAUUUAUAUCGUUAUAAAGCUUAA